CCUCCUCAGUGAAGGCUGCACAGCUGGCAAUUUACAGACAAUAAGUCUGAGAGGAGUAAUUGGCUGCUCGGUGGAUCACUGCUCUGCUAAUCUGACCCGGGUUUGAUGGAGGAGAUGAUUUAACACAAGUGCCGGGAUAUUUCUUCAUCCUUAGUCUUCGAGGUUCAGUUUGUGACCUCCUGGAUCAGCAGCUCCUCCGUCUCCACUGGAACCGUUAUCACCUCCUCAUACUGGGACCAUAAGCUGAAAUCAUGCAGAAGUCCAGAUGCACGUUAGCGUUCAGCUUCCUGUUAGGGUUGUGGUUACCUUACUGUCUGGCCCAGACCACACCGUCAAACCGAGCCACCCGGAUGCCCACACGAGCAGCCACGCCAGCAGCCACACGAGCAGCCACGCUGUCACCCACACGAGCAGCCACGCCGUCACCCACACCGUCCCCGUCCCCCCAGGCCCAGACCGAGCGGCUAAAGGUCAGACUGUCUGGAUACCCCCGAAAACACAAUGAGGGUCGGAUAGAGCUUUUCUACAAGGGAGAGUGGGGGACCAUCUGUGACGAUGACUUCUCCAUAUCUAACGCCAAUGUGCUCUGUCGCCAACUGGGCUUCGUCUCAGCCACGGGAUGGACACACAGCGCCAAAUACGGCAAGGGACAAGGGAAAAUCUGGCUGGACAACGUGCUGUGUAACGGAGGUGAGAAGAGCAUCGAGCUCUGCAAGUCUCGCGGCUGGGGAAACAGUGACUGCACUCAUGACGAGGACGCCGGAGUCGUGUGCAAAGACGAGAGGAUUCCUGGCUUUGUGGACUCAAACGUGAUUGACGCUCAUGUCAAUGAGAACAAGAUAGAGGAGGUGCGACUCCGGUCCGUGGUCACCAUGUCCAGGAAGAAGGUGCCUGUGACGGAGGGCGUGGUGGAGGUGAGGUACAAAGACGGCUGGGCGCAGAUCUGUGACCUGGGAUGGACGAUCAAAAACACACGUGUGGUCUGCGGCAUGCUGGGAUUCCCUCAUGAGAGGAAGGUCAACAAGAACUUCUACAAACGUCUGAAAAAGCGAGCGGCUGAGAAGGUCUCCAGGCCAAAGGUUAAUGUUUCAGCCGGUGGAAGGCACACAUCCAAAGCUAAAGCUAACUCUAAGUCUAAACAGAGCAGCGCUGGCAAAAGGUUAUAUUUGGAGCGUCAGAAGAACUUCUACCACAUCCACUCUGUGGCGUGUACAGGCACUGAGGUCCAUCUGGCAGCCUGCCCGCUGGAGUUCAGCAAACCCAACACCACCACGACCUGCGAGGGCGGCAUUGCGGCCGUCGUCAGCUGCAUGCCGGGGCCGCUGUUCAUGCAGAACAACGGCCAGAAAAAGAAACUGAAAACUUCGAGCAAUGUGAGGCUGAAGGGAGGCGCCAAGCUGGGCGAGGGUCGGGUGGAGGUGCUGAAAGACAACGAGUGGGGGACGGUGUGUGACGACCGCUGGGACCUGCUGUCCGCCAGCGUCGUCUGCAGGGAGCUCGGCUUCGGCAGCGCCAAGGAGGCUCUCACCGGAGCCCGCAUGGGGCAAGGAAUGGGUCCGAUCUACAUGAACGAGGUGAAGUGUCUCGGCCAUGAGAAGUCCAUCUGGAACUGCCCCUUUAAAAACAUCACAUCAGAGGACUGUCAGCACAUGGAGGACGCCGCCAUCCGCUGCAACGUGCCUCACAUGGGCCUCGAGCACUCGAUCCGACUCACAGGAGGACGGACCCGUUACGAGGGCCGCGUGGAGGUGCUGGGCUCAGACUCUAACGGGACGCAGAGCUGGGGUCUGGUCUGUGGAGAGACCUGGAGCACCAAGGAGGCCAUGGUGGUCUGCAGGCAGAUGGGUCUGGGCUACGCUAACCAGGGUCUGCAAAUCCGGAUAGUGGGCGGUCGCAGCACUUAUGAGGGCCGGGUGGAGGUUCAGGUUGGCUCCAAGUGGGGCACAGUGUGCAGCACAGGCUGGACCACAAAGGAAGCCAUGGUGGUUUGCAGGCAGCUAGGGCUCGGAUACUCCAUGCAUGCCAUCACCGAAACAUGGUACUGGGACAGCAGCAAUGUGACAGAGAUGGUGAUGAGCGGCGUGAAGUGCACAGGAAACGAGAUGUCUCUGAGUCAGUGCCAGCAUCACAAAACUGUCAGCUGUCAGAAGGCGGCGGCGAGGUUUGCAGCUGGAGUCAUCUGCUCUGAGACGGCCUCUGACCUGGUCCUGAACGCCUCUCUGGUCCAGCAGACGGUUUACAUCGAGGACCGUCCUCUGCACAUGCUCUACUGCGCUGCUGAGGAGAACUGCCUGUCAAAGUCUGCAGCCAAGGCCAACUGGCCGUACGGACACCGACGCCUGCUGCGCUUCUCCUCCCAGAUCCACAAUAUCGGUCGGGCCGACUUCAAACCAAAAGCUGGGCGCCACUCGUGGGUCUGGCACGCCUGUCACGGACACUACCACAGCAUGGAUAUUUUCACUCACUACGACCUGCUGAACGCAAACGGCACCAAAGUAGCCGAAGGACACAAAGCCAGUUUCUGUCUGGAGGACACCGACUGUCAGGAGGGUGUUUCUAAACGGUACGAGUGUGCCAACUUUGGCGAUCAGGGCAUCACUGUGGGCUGCUGGGAUUUGUACCGUCACGACAUCGACUGUCAGUGGAUCGACAUCACAGACGUCAAACCUGGAAACUACAUCCUGCAGGUUGUGAUCAAUCCAAAUCACGAAGUGGCCGAGAGCGACUUCACCAACAACGCCAUGAAAUGCAACUGCAAAUAUGACGGCCAUCGAAUCUGGCUCCACAACUGUCACAUCGGUGAUGCGUUCAGUGAGGAGGCAGAGAGGAGGUUUGAGAAAUACCCCGGACAGCUGAAUAACCAGAUUCCUUAAUAAUGUCACAACAGUUCUGAGACCUGGAGGUUGGAAGGAUAAAAACACACCUCACAAGCUCAGACAGCUUUUUGUUUUCAGGUACCAGCGUGGACCCCCCCUCCCCCCCCCGCCACAUGUCUGGUCUGAUUCACAGUCAUGACAGAAGCCAACAGUGUUCCCUGCAGUGAAUGUGUGUUUUUAUAUCUGAGUUAUUAUACUUGAAUAUUCAAGUGCUUAUGUUUUUCUUUUCUCAGUCUAAUGUGAGCUAAUGCUUUAUUUUUAUUACAGAAUAGUGUUGAGUGUUGUGAAUGUUCCACGUUAUGAAUGAGGUGUUAUUUUUAUUUUUAUAACCAGUCUGGAACAAACAGGUUCAGAACUACCUGAGGUGUUAGCGUUAGCUUUAACACAUUUACUAACGGAGGCAUUAACAGGAACAAACGCAGCUCUGUGGACAUCUUACUGGUCUUUACUGGGACUUCAUACUGGGACAGAAGAGACUCAGGUGCCUUAGUGUUAAACAUUAAUUAUUACCUAGACUUAAGUUUUUUACAUCAAUAACUGGUCAGUAUUCUUGCUCACUGAAACGGUUUUGCCUCCACGGUUUCAAUAUUUUGUGAAUGUAUUUAUUGCUUAUAUCAAGGUGCUGAGGAGCGACACUUUGUUUGUUAGCGUCAGUUUCAAGAGCUUUGGAGUUUAAAGUCGUGUGUAGCUUUAGUCUGUAUGUGUUGUUAUUAAUAGUCAUGUAGGGUCAGAACAUAGAUAUUAUCGGGCAAAGACAAAAAACUACAAUCAUUGUAUGCUGAUGUAAUCACACCCGCUGCACCCAAUAAAAGGAGAGGAAGAAUAACAGA